GUUGCAGCCUCACCAACCUCAUCAUCAACCAGACUCCGACUCCCCAACGAUACCAUCCCCCAUUACGGCCACCACCUUUUGAUUAAUUGUACAGACACGAGAGUUGCACAGAGGAUUCCGAAGAGUACGCCGCAAAGAUGGCCGCCAUGUUCAGCCAGAACCCCGUGAUGAACGGGCCAAACUACUCAUUCUCCGAUGCGCCCAGGACUGCCAACGGCGAAUUCAGAGAACACCGUUUCAACCCCUACUCCGACAACGGCGGUUCGACCCUGGCGAUCGCGGGCGCCGACUUCACCAUCGUCGCCGGCGAUACCCGUAGUACCUCCGGCUACAGCAUCAACUCAAGAUACACUCCCAAGGUGUUCAAGAUCGGCGGAACAACUUCUUCCCAGGACGAUGCUACCAUUCUUCUCUCCGUGGUAGGGUUCGCCGCCGACGGCGAGGCUCUGAGGGAUCGCCUCGACGCCAUCUGCAAGAUUUACCGGUAUCGCCAUGGCAAGCCCAUGAGCGUAACCGCCUGCGCGAAGCGUCUAUCGACUAUCCUAUACCAGAAGCGCUUCUUUCCGUACUACGUCCAUGCGAUCCUGGGCGGUCUGGACGAAGAAGGCAAGGGCGCCGUCUUCUCGUACGACCCCGUUGGCAGCUACGAGCGAGAGCAAUGCCGCGCUGGCGGUGCCGCAGCCAGUCUUAUCACUCCUUUCCUCGAUAACCAAGUCAACUUCAAGAACCAAUACGUUCCCGGCAGCGGCACCGGUCAUGAUCUCAAGGAGCGCGAAGUCGUCCCGUUGGUACGCCGGGAUGCUGAGAUUCUAGUCAAGGACGCGUUUGAUGGCGCAGUGGAGCGCCAUAUUGAGGUUGGUGAUGGGCUGCAGAUGAUGACAAUUACCAAAGACGGUAUCGAGGAGGUGCUUCUGCCGCUGAAGAGGGAUUAGAGCGUUCUGCCCAAGUGCAGAUGCAGGGACGUUGGGAGGGCAGGAACCCGUUUUCGCUGUAUAACAUAUGUGAGGCAUGGUAGUAAUUUCAUCGAACCGUUGAACGCUGUGUUAGGGUCCUGUUGCUGUGGGUCAUGGCGGCUGAGGAACGAUCAAAUUGAACUUCCGUCACGGAACUAUUCGGGUAAUAGAGGUCUUCGACAGCAGAACAGAACACAGCGAACCCUUGCCUCGGGAUCUAAGUUUCCAAACAUUUCGCAAAUAUCGGACAUGGACAAUCGGA